AUGUCGGCAGGGCUGCAGUCAAAAGUGUCGAGUGAAGAUUUGGGAAGAGUUAUGGGAAUAUGCCGGUUUCUGAACCUUACUUUCACUGAAGAACAACUUUUAGCGAUUAUUGAAGUCAUUGAAGCGGGAGCGAAUCCAUCUGCGUUGGUUGACUGGUUAGCGAUAGUAGAGGAAACAAAAUCAGAAGAAACGCCUGUCCUGAAGUCUCACGAGCGAUAG